AUGAGCGAUGUCGGCAUCCACAUCAGACACAGGAUCGACUUGCGCACGAUAGCCGCGAAGCACUUUGUGCGCCCAGUCAAGUCAGUCUUUCCAAUUAUAUUCAACGAAGGUCGAGGCUGGAGCUUAGUUGUCUCAACGCUUCCAUUUUUGUCAUUUCUAGUUGUAGUCGUCUGUGCCGUGUUUAUCAACUUUGCCAAUCAACCAAGAUAUCGCCAAGCCGUAAAAGAAACAACGGCGAAGCAGUCUGUGAAGCUCAGUCGUCCCUCAUAUGGAUUGGGCCUCCUUCUCUCUGAAGGGGCUUUUUUUUUGAUUUGGCUAGGCCGCAGCACCGACAUACUCGUGGCGCUCCUCCGUCGUUGCAGCAGGUAA